AUCUCAGCUACAUUCAGUCGCUGCCACUUCUGUACUGUUUAACAAAGAAACGAAACAUGUGUAACAAUACAACAACAGAGCUGGCAGAAAAGAACACAGCUUAUGCUGUGGUCUUUGGAUCUGUUAUGGUGCUGGGUUUGCCUCUCAAUGCUAUGUCACUGUGGAUUCUGCUUCGCCGACACAGCAUCAAAACCCCCAGUGCUGUUUUCAUGGUCAACCUGGCCAUCUCAGACCUGCUGCUGGUCAUUUCCCUGCCCAUGAGGGUCUACUUUUAUGCCACAGGUACCUGGCCUCUGAAUACAAUGGCAUGCAUCUGGAUUACAAUGCUCUUCAUCAACAACGUCCGCUCAAGCUCCAUCUUCAUCACAUUCAUUGGCAUAGAUCGGCUGCUGGCUGUAGUUUAUCCUCUGAGGACACGCCAUCUGCGAACCACUUCCAACGCCUGGAAGUCUUCUGUGCUCAUAUGGACUUCUGUGGUUAUGGUGAACAUACCAGAAAGCUUUGGCUUUAAAAGAUACUUAGACAGUGGCAAAGAUGAUACCUGUUUUGAAUUUUACCGCAAGAGUGGACAGUCUCUAACAGGACUGGUUUACCUUCAGCCUGUUUUAGUGUGUACUCUGCUGGCCGUCAACAUUGUGACCACUGCUUUGGUGUCUUGGACUCUACGCAGACAUCUCACUGACUCCGCAAAAGUCAACAAGAAGAUGAACGUCAUGCUGAUUUUUGCCAUGAACUUGAUUAUGUUCAUCAUAUUUUUCUUGCCCGUGUCUUUGGUUGUUAUAUCUGAAGACUGGAGACCCUUUUUUAUGCCACUGUCAUGUCUGGCCAGUGUGAACUGUUGUCUGGAUCCACUGCUGUACUAUUUUUCUCUCGAUGGCUUCUGGAAGAAAAAAGAGGAGAUUGACACCUCUCAGGGACAGGUGGCGUUAAAUUCAUACGAUUUAAACUGAAUGUGUGUGUGUGUGUGUGUGUUUAAAUAUAUGU